UAUAACCUAACCUAAUUUUUUCAUAACAUCAAGUACACGUGUGAUGUACUGGCACAUGGUACAAAAAAAAACAGUUUUAAUUAUCGACUAGAGUAGAAGUCUCAAAAUGAAGAACAAAAAUUUGAAAAAGAAUCCGUUCAGUAAAGUAAAAGAAGAAACUAACGAUGAAGGUCCAAGUACUUCGGAAGAUAAAACGCCAGAGGUUAUUUUGCCGUCUGACAGCAACUUUAAUCACAUAAAAUGCAAAGCAGUACGACAUCAAAAAUGUCAGAAACUAUUGAAGGAGAAAAUAAAGGCCAAAAAGGAAGCCAAGAAACAGAGAAUUCAAGAAGGAGCUCCAAAACAAGUACCGCAUACUAUCGAGAGCUUAAGAGAGAAAGAUGAAACUACUAUCAGCGGAGACAUCGACGACGAAGAAAAUCUAGAACUCAAAGUUGACUUGGAACACGACGAAUUUGCCUCUUAUUAUAGACACGAUUACGAGCCUAAAGUCUUGAUCACCUACUGUGACAAUCCAACGAGAAAGACAAGAAUUUUUGGGAGGGAGUUGACAAGGAUAAUACCAAAUUCUAUUUCGUUGUACAGAAACCGUUCCGGAGUAAAGAAAAUGGUCAAAAGUGCCAUUGCUAGAAAUUUCACUGACAUUGUUGUUAUUAAUGAAGAUCAGUGUAAACCUAAUGGUAUGUUAGUCAUUCAUUUACCAGAUGGACCAACAGCAUAUUUUAAGCUUAGCAAUGUCAAAAUAACACCAGAAUUAAAACGUAGUCACAAAGAGAUUACAAAACAUAGACCCGAAGUUAUUUUGAACAAUUUCACUACUCGCUUGGGUCACACGAUUGGAAGAAUGUUGGGAGCCUUGUUUCACUAUCAACCUGAAUUUAAAGGCAGGAGAGCUGUAACAUUUCAUAACCAGAGAGAUUAUAUAUUCUUCAGGCAUCAUAGGUACCAAUUUGAUCUUAAAAAGGGAAAGCCUACACUGAGAGAAUUAGGACCGAGAUUUACUUUAAAAUUGAGAUAUUUGCAGCAUGGAACAUUUGACACCAAAUAUGGAGAGUAUGAAUGGCUUAUACAAGGACGAAGACACGAUAUGGAAACUAGCAGAAGAAAGUUCUUCCUAUGAAUAUUAUCUACUGUAGAUUUUUUAAGAUGUGGCUUGUUAUUCUAAGUGAACAAUAAAAGUUUUAUAAGAAAUAUAGAAA